CUUUUGACAUUCAAACACAUAAUAAAGUGGUUCGCCAUUUUGCUUUGUCGUCAUAUGAGUGUAUGAGGUGUAUGAAUACUACACAAAAAAAAGAGUUUAUUGUGAAAACCUUGAAGAAAUGUUAAACUUUCUAUCGUAAUCCAAUUAACCAAGUGUAUCGUUAAAAAUAAAGUGUUCGCAUCAAACAAUUCAACAGUAUCCCCGAUUUUCUACCAUCAACAAUAAUAAUUUUGUUUUGAUUUGUUAACUUAAUCGCGUUCCGAUAACAAUAAUGGCCACUCGAAAAAAGACUCUUCUGAAGGUGAUCAUCCUCGGUGACAGUAGCGUUGGUAAAACUUCAUUAAUGAACCAGUAUGUCAAAAAACAUUUCUCCAAUCAAUAUAAGGCAACUAUCGGUGCUGAUUUCUUAACUAAAGAGGUUGUUGUUGACGAUCGAGUUGUCACCAUGCAGAUUUGGGAUACCGCCGGCCAGGAACGGUUCCAAUCGUUGGGUGUUGCAUUUUACCGUGGUGCCGAUUGUUGUGUAUUAGUGUUCGAUGUGACCGCUGGCAAUUCGUUUAAGAAUUUGGAUUCAUGGCGUGAUGAGUUCUUAAUUCAGGCGAGUCCUCGCGAUCCGGAACACUUUCCGUUCGUUGUGUUGGGAAAUAAAAUCGAUCAGGAGAAUCGUCAAGUAUCAACGAAACGUGCCCAGCAAUGGUGUCAGUCGAAGAAUGAUAUUCCGUAUUUCGAGACGUCGGCCAAAGAAGGAGUUAAUGUUGAAUUAGCUUUUCAAACGAUAGCCAGAAAUGCGUUAGCCCAAGAGAGUGAGGUUGAACUUUAUAACGAAUUUCCCGAUCAAAUCAAACUUCAACCUAACAAUAAACCUAGAAACUCUGAUAAUUGCCCAUGUUAAUGAAAUAUUAAUCUAAACUAAUUAAAUAAAGUGAAUUCUUUCUACUAAACAAGAUUAUGCCGAGCAAAUGUUUCAAUAAUUUUAAUUUAUUGGCGCGUUACUCGUUUGUUCUUAGAACAGAUGAAAUUUUCUUUGUUCUUUUUUCGAAAUGAAAUCAGAAGAAGAAAAAAAGAAUUUGAUAAAAACUGAGAAUAAACCGGAAAUUAAACAAGCAGAGCCACCUUCGAAUUCUAUGUUGCAAAUACACAUUCAAAGAGAAAAUAUACAAUCACCCUUAAAAAUUGAUGAUUUUUGUUUAAAUUUAAUUCGUCACAUUACACAGCAAAAGGUUCGAUUUAAAAAUGGAAAAGUGGAUGGAAAUUAAAUUACAAUUAAAGAAACUAUCAUAAUACCUAUGUUUAGUAAAAGAAAAAAAAAUGGAUUUAAAACACAAAAAAAAACAUUGAGAAGAAUUAUACAAAUUAAGAACACACACUAAUCAAAUAUGAAAUUAUUAAGAAUUAUUUACCUAAUAUUUAAGACUUGAAAAAUUAUUAUGAUUUUAAAUUGAGAUACAAAAAAAAUCUUUUGUGAAAAAAGGAAAAAUAAAAAAAUCUAUUUUUCAUCGAAUGCUGAGACCCUUUGGAAUUCGAUUUAUUGAGCUAUAUAUAUUAUAACGUAAUUUUUCGGUCAAAAUUGGUAUGUGUAAAAGCUGCCUUACAAUGACUUUAUUUUAUACAACAUAAAAAUAAAAACAAAAAAAAUAUGGAAAAGAGAAUUGUCUUUGCAAACACACAUUCUAUUAAGUUGAAAAUAUUGUUAAAACAAAAAAAA